AUGUCCGACACGACCAGGGCAAUCUAUCGCAGGAGCCCCUUGCACCUGACAAGAGGAUCCUGGCUGGAUGUUCCGCGUACUGUGUCAGCAACGUCGGCUGAACAGCGGGCUGACAUCAACCGCGCAGUGGACUUGAUCAAGGGCAAAGCAAGCAAUGGCUUGAGCAGAAGUAGCCAGAGCAGAUCCUGCAGCGACUUCGCCUUGAGGUGGCAGGACACCCUUGCUCCAUCGAGUGAUUUGUCAGGCGUCGAGGUCCUCCGCCCAAAGUGGAGCUUCGAGCAGGGUCCCCUCUUUGCUGCCAAGCCCGUUGGAGAGGGAUUUGCGGCCCCAAUGCGGGCCUGUGCCAGCUAUGAUCUCUGUGAUUAUGCCAUGUCGGAAUGGGAUGCCAUUCCUGCCUUGGGCUGUCCACGACCUGGCUUGCAGCAGCACGAAGCUGGAGAUCUUGAUUCUAGGAUUUGUGAUGAUGGCAGCACCGAUGGCUCAGAAGUUUUCCUUCGAACCCUGAACUUGGAGCUUGCAGAGUGUUCAGAGAAGAGGAGAGCGCCUGAAGGUUCCUCCCCGUCCCCAGAUGCACGGGCGGCCGCUCCAAGCCUGCCAGCUUCGGAGGGAGAUGAGGAUCGGGCCUUCGUUCGACAGGUGCCUUGGCCUGGCGAGGAUGCAGAAAGCCCAACGCCUGCUGCGCUAGCAGCCAAGAUCCGCACCUCUGGGCACCGCCUGGUCGUGUUGAACAGUGGUGGGCGCGGACAAGGAGCGGCACAAAACGCUUGCUUGGAGGCCGCCACAGCUCCACUGAUUGGUCUCAUGGAUGCCGACGACCGUGGCGACCCCGAGCGCUUCGGGCGACUGCUGGAGGCCCUCCGGGAACAUCCGGACUGGCAGGGGGCUUGCAGCGCGGUGCGCAUCUUUGGGGCCGUCUCGGAGGGAAUGGAGCGGUACGUGCAGUGGCAGAACAGCCUCCUUCAGCCAGAGGAGCUCUGGGAGAACCGCUUCGUCGAAAUCCCCGGCCUUCACCAGUCGGGGGUGUACCCAAGGUCGCUACUCUGGGACACCCUGAAGGGCUACCGUGAUCUGCCAACCUGGCCUAUUGACAUCGACACUUGGAUGCGCCUUGCAGAAGCCGGAGCUCGCAUCGGGAAGGUUCCCGAUGAGCUUUACGGAUGGCGGCAGCAUGUGCUCCAGAGCACGAGGAAUCAUGGCCGAUGUGGCAUCGACCGGCUAAGAAACUGCAAGGCCUACUUCAUGCUCCGCUCUCUGCCAGCGCAGGUUCGCAGAGUGGAAAUUUGGAGUACGGGCCACACGCUUAGCAGCUGGAGUGAAACGCUGCAGUCCCAGAUCCAUACCCUUGCAGAUUCCGAGGAGAAGGAGCUGGCAAUCAGCGAGGUUUCCUUGGUCUCCUGGCGGCCGAAGGGAAGCCGUAGAGGGGGCGCCAAGAGAGCCGAAGGUGGCGGUGGGGCCGCAGCGAGAGCUACGGUAAAGACGGAGGCGGAGUUGGAGCAGGAGGCCGAAAAGGCACCCAACCAGGGCGCGAAGCGCCAGCGUCAGGAGAUCAACCUGUUGCCAAGCGAUUGCACUUCAGCACCGCCGCCCCUGUCCGAUGACUCAGUGGCCCGAGUCUUUGUCUUCGGGAGUGAGAAGCUGCGCGAAAAGGCCCGGCAAAGCAUCGAGGCCGACCAAGGUCACGCACCUCGUUGGGGCCGGCUGGAUUGGCCUUCAGCGUGA